CGACUGCUGACUGCAUCCGCCUGCUGCCACCUGGGUUUGUCUGGAGCUGCUGGGACUGUCCUGGGAUCCAGCCUGCUUGCCCCCUGAGGCCGGAGAGAUGCUCCCGUUGGCCAAAGCCCUCGCCUCCCCCAGGAAUCCCCAGACCCCGGCCCUGGGGGAGCAGGACGGGGCUCCUCAGCCGGCCAGCCCUGGGGAUACUGAGGCCUGGCGCCUGCGUUUCCGACAGUUCCAGUACCGCGUGGCAGGCGGGCCACACCGUGCACUGGGUCAGCUCUGGAUGCUGUGCCGCCAGUGGCUGCGGCCCGAGGCGCACUCCAAGGAGCAGAUGCUGGAGCUGCUGGUGCUGGAGCAGUUCCUGGGCGCGCUGCCCAGCAAGAUGAGGACCUGGGUGCAGUCGCAGGGUCCCCGAACCUGCAGGGAGGCCGCUACCCUGGUGGAGGACCUCACACAGAUGUCGCAGCAGGAAGUUCUGGUAUCUCUCAACGACCACCAGGAUAAGAGCAUCAGCGAGGAGGAAGACGGGAAGAGCCCGAGGUCCCAGAAAGACCCAUCCCAGGCAUCGGAGCUGGGGCUCCCCCAGGAGGGCGAGUGGCUGCAGCCUGCCCAGCCCCAGCGGAGUCCCCACACCAGGGCGGGGGCCGAGGCAUCCUGCACCCUGGGCUCACUCGGGCUUCAGCCUCCUAGCAUGAAGGCAGACAGACUGAAGAUGCUGCAGCAUGGGGUCCCCUCGGCAGCCUGCCCAGGCCUGGGCUGCUCGCCUCUGAAGCCUAGUAUCUGGGAUGAACCUCCCUGUGGGCAGGUUGGGGACAGAGCCCUGAGGAACAGACACUCCCUCCCCAGGCUGGCCCAGGACGCUCCCCAGGCAGAAGGGGGUAGCUGGCAGGCAGGGGCUGCCCCCAGGGACGCUGUGCUUCAGGGCACUGGAGGCCAAGGGCCUGCUCCCGAGGGGCCCCUGCACCCGAGCCCUCAGCCCGGCCUGGUUGCAGACCCCACCCUCCCAAGUGCUCAGAGCAGCAGUCCCCCAAAGAGACCUGCGGACAGCGAUGCCCACCUGCCCUUACUCAAAGACACCAAAGCCUCCCCUGAAGAGGCGGGGCAACCGGCUGCUGCCCCCUCCCCGGGGCGCUCAGCGGCGACCCAAGUCCCCCCAGGGGCGCGGCCCUUCGCGUGUGCUGAGUGCGGGGAGGUCUUCACCUGGGUCACCCACUUCAUCGAGCACCAGAAGCGCCACCUGGAAGAGGGGCCCUUCUCGUGCCCCGAGUGCGGCAAGGCCUUUCUGCACGCCUCCGUCCUGGAGGAGCAUCGGAAGAUCCACCUGCUGCAGCCGCUGCGCAAGAGGCCCCGGCGGGGCGGGGGCGAGGGGCCAGGGGAGGCCGGCCCGUUGGAAGCGGCGGACGGAGGCCCCCGCGCCCAGGAUGCGGAUGGAGACCGGCGCGGGGAGCCCUCCGGCCGCGAGCGGCCCUUCGAGUGCGGCGUCUGCGGGAAGGCCUUCCCCUGGAUGGUCCACCUCCUCGACCACCAGAAACUGCACGCCACGCAGUGA